AUGUCCUCUCCAAUGGCUUCUUCCUCCAAAUUUUCUAAAAUUUUAUCACCAAUUCUAUUCUUCAUUUUGUUCUUCAUCUCUCCUUCAUUUUCAUCUUCUUCAAAUAAUUAUACAUUAUCAAACAUAGUUGUAAAUUCAACAUCUGAAUUUAUUAACCAUACAGCUAUAUCCGAAUUCCGAAUACUGAACCGAAGAGUCCUACCCAAAUGCCCCGACCCGAACCCGUAUAUUAGUAUAACUACUUCCUCAAAUUCAACCCUUUCUGAUGAGGACUUUGUUACUGUUCAUAUUUCUGGAAUUUUGGAUCCUUCUAAAGGAGAGUACUGGGUUGCCAUGAUUUCACCUUCACAUGCUGACACAUCAAGUUGCCCCUAUAAUUUCCUACUAUAUCAACAGACUGGUGAUUUCUCUGAACUUCCACUCCUUUGCCGUUACCCUGUCAAGGCACAAUAUUUAAGCAAGGAUCCAGAUUUUCUAAGUUGCAAGAAGAGUGAGUGCAAGAAGUAUGUGAAGGGAAGAUGUGCAGUGAGAACAUGUAGUGCCUCUCUCACAUUUCAUGUUGUUAAUUUUAGGACAGACAUUGAGUUUGUGUUGUUUGCUGGUGGAUUUGCAACUCCUUGCAUCCUCAAGAAAUCACACAAUAAAUUGAGCUUCACUAAUCCUAAACAGCCCUUAUAUGGCCAUAUCUCUAGCAUCGAUUCCACUGCGACAUCUAUGAGAGUAACAUGGGUUAGUGGGGAUAAAGCACCUCAACAAUUGCAGUAUGGAGAUAAAAAAUCUGAAACAUCACUAGUUUCAACCUUUACCCAACAUGACAUGUGCAGUUUGUUCAUAAAAAGUCCAGCCAAGGACUUUGGGUGGCAUGACCCUGGCUUCAUUCAUUCAGCAGUAAUGACUGGCCUUAAUUCUUCCACCACAUACUCCUACACAUAUGGAAGUGAUUCAAGUGGUUGGAGUGAAAAAAUAAGCUUCAAAACACCACCAGCAGGAGGAACAAAUGAGGUUAAAUUUUUGGCAUAUGGAGAUAUGGGAAAGGCUCCUAGAGAUCCGUCUCGUGAACAUUUUAUUCAGCCAGGAUCAUUAUCAGUGGUGAAGGCUAUUGCUGAUGAAGUAUCAGCUGGGAAUGUAGAUUCUGUAUUCCACAUUGGUGAUAUAAGUUAUGCCACUGGAUUUCUUGUAGAGUGGGACUAUUUUCUUCAAUUAAUCACUCCAGUUGCUUCUCAUGUUUCUUACAUGACUGCUAUUGGAAAUCAUGAAAGGGAUUAUGUAGCUUCAGAAUCAGUGUAUAUAACACCAGACUCAGGUGGAGAAUGUGGUGUGCCUUAUGAAACUUAUUUUCAAAUGCCAACACCUGCUAAAGAUAAACCAUGGUACUCUAUUGAGCAAGGAAGUGUUCACUUCACUGUUAUUUCAACUGAACAUGAUUGGUCUCAAAACUCAGAACAGUAUGAAUGGAUGAAGAGCGAUAUGGCUUCAGUUGAUCGAACGAGAACGCCUUGGUUAAUUUUUACUGGGCAUCGACCCAUGUAUUCUUCUGUCCAUGGUGGAAUAUUUCUUAAAAAUGUUGAUGAGAAUUUUGUCAAAAAUGUUGAGCCCUUACUGAUGGAAAACAAGGUUGAUCUAGCAUUAUGGGGACAUGUUCACAACUAUGAGAGGACUUGUGCAGUAUAUCAGAAGGAAUGUAAAGCAUUACCUACUAAAGAUGCAAGUGGAAUUGAUACGUAUGAUAAUACCAAUUAUAGGGCACCAGUUCAUGCUGUUAUUGGAAUGGCAGGUUUUACCUUGGACAAAUUCCCUUACGUGGCUGAUGAGUGGAGUUUGGUAAGAACAGCUGAAUUUGGAUACGUGCGAGUUCAUGCAACAAGAAAUGCAUUGACAAUUGAAUAUGUGAAUGCAAAUACAAGAAAGUUGGAAGACAGUUUUCAAAUCACCAGAUAAAUAGAGAUUAUACACUGGUAGAACAAAACUGUGUAAUACAAAGUAUAAGGGAAGUUAAUUAUAUGGAAUACAUAAAAAAUAUAGAAGAAACAAUGUCUCAAAUAUUUGUUUCUUCAAUAAAGGUGCUUCUUUGUUGA